UUGAUUUCCGCCUUGCUGAACGUUCCUUUCCUGUCUGCGGCCUUCGGCAAAAUGGCGGUGCAGAUUUCUAAGAAGAGAAAGUUCGUGUCAGACGGCAUCUUCAAGGCCGAGCUGAACGAGUUUCUGACCAGAGAGCUCGCUGAGGAUGGGUACUCCGGUGUUGAGGUCCGGGUCACACCAACAAGGACCGAGAUCAUCAUUCUCGCCACCAGGACUCAAAACGUCCUGGGAGAGAAAGGCCGUCGCAUUAGGGAACUGACUGCUGUUGUCCAGAAGAGGUUUGGUUUCCCAGAGGGCAGUGUGGAGCUUUAUGCUGAGAAGGUUGCCACCAGGGGUCUGUGUGCCAUCGCUCAGGCUGAAUCUCUGCGCUACAAGCUGCUCGGAGGCCUGGCUGUCCGCAGGGCCUGCUAUGGUGUCCUCCGCUUCAUCAUGGAGAGUGGAGCUAAGGGCUGCGAGGUGGUUGUGUCCGGUAAGCUCAGGGGUCAGAGAGCCAAGUCUAUGAAGUUUGUGGAUGGUCUGAUGAUCCACAGUGGAGACCCCGUCAACUACUAUGUGGACACCGCUGUCCGCCACGUCCUGCUCCGACAGGGUGUGCUUGGUAUCAAGGUUAAGAUCAUGCUUCCCUGGGAUCCCAGUGGCAAGAUCGGCCCCAAGAAGCCUCUGCCUGACCAUGUCAGCAUCGUCGAGCCUAAAGAAGAGAUCCUUCCCACCACCCCAGUGUCUGAACAGAAGGGAGCUAAGCCUGAGGUCCCGGUCAUGCCGCAGGGAGCUGCUGUAUCCACUGCAUAAAGGGUGGUUACUGUUGGAUGAUGGACCGCUUGUCGUUUUCUGUACAAAAAUAAAUGGAGAAAUACAA